AUGGCUAACUACCUCGCCUCCAUCUUCGGCACCGAGCAAGACAAAGUCAACUGCUCCUUCUACUACAAAAUCGGCGCCUGCCGCCACGGCGACCGCUGCUCGCGCAAACACGUCAAACCCUCCUACUCCCAGACCAUCCUCAUGCCCAACCUCUACCAGAACCCAGCGUACGACAACAAAUCGCGCCUCACGCCGCCGCAGCUGCAGAACCACUUCGACGCCUUCUACGAAGACCUGUGGUGCGAGAUGUGCAAGUACGGCGAGCUGGAGGAGGUGGUGGUGUGCGACAACAACAACGACCACCUGAUCGGGAACGUGUACGCGCGGUUCAAGUACGAAGAUUCGGCGCAGGCGGCGUGCGAUGCGCUCAACAGUCGGUGGUACGCGGCGCGCCCGAUCUACGCCGAGCUCAGCCCUGUGACGGAUUUCCGCGAGGCGUGUUGCAGAUUGAACAGCGGGGAGGGGUGUCAGAGGGGCGGGUUCUGCAAUUUCAUUCAUCGCAAGGAGCCGAGUCCUGAGCUGGAUCGGGAGCUGGAGCUGAGUACCAAGAAGUGGCUGCGCGAAAGGGGCAAGGAUGCGAGGAGUAGGAGUCCGAGCAAGAGCCCCGAACCGCUGCGGCCGAGGUACUGA